UAAAUAUGGUACUCUUAGGGUCUUGUUUAUAGGAAAGUGUCAACUUUCAGGAUGUUGUGUUUAAGUCUUGAUAACAUUACGUAGAAAAUGACGGCGUGCUCUCUUUUCAUAGGCUGACCUUGCAGUCACCACUGCCUGAAAAUGGCUCAAAACAAAAAAUGAUCUAAGGGAUGAAACAAGAUAAGAUCAAAUUGAUGUCAUGGUGAUUACACCAAAUACCAUUCAAUCUUGGAUGGAAUUUACUGUUGAUCCCCAGGCUUAUAUGCAGGUGGGAACAUGUAGUUUUUAUUACUCGACUGGUAUAAAAGAUAGGUGAGGACUUUAUGAAUUAUAGUUACUGAGAAUCACAAGAAACUAGAAUCCCUCUUCAGAUUCACGAUCAACUGCCCUGAACACAUCCUGCAAAAAGUCCAGAGGAAGGAGAGCCAUGGAUUACUACAGGAAAAACGCAGUUGUCAUUCUGGCCACAUUGUCUGUGUUUCUGCAUCUCCUCCAUUCCUUUCCUGAUGGAGAGUUUACAAUGCAGGGUUGCCCAGAAUGCAAGCUAAAGGAAAACAAAUACUUCUCUAAGCUGGGUGCCCCAAUUUAUCAAUGCAUGGGCUGCUGUUUCUCCAGAGCGUAUCCCACUCCAGCGAGAUCCAAGAAGACAAUGUUGGUUCCAAAGAACAUCACCUCAGAGGCCACAUGCUGUGUGGCCAAAGCAUUUACCAAGGCCACAGUAAUGGGAAAUGCCAAAGUGGAAAACCACACGGAGUGCCACUGCAGCACCUGCUAUUAUCACAAGUCUUAAAUAUUUUGCCGCGCUGUGUUGAUGGCUGCUGAUUUCCUGGAAUGGAAGAUUAAGUUGCUCUGUGUUUAUUGCUUUGUGAAAUAAAACCCUCCCUUUUCCUUCCCUUACCACUUUUGACACGCUUCAAGGAUAUACUGCAGCUUUAUUGCCUUUCU